UUACAACGGCGCCCCGGGAAAAUGGACAGACUGAGGAAACAUUUUGAAGAUUAUGACGAUUGGUCAGAGUAUCGUUACGUUAAAAGCUUAAAUCUUAUUAUGCGAUAUGUAAGCGUCAAUGGAUGGUCAAUCCCUGAAGAAGCCGAGAGCUCUGUCGAAGGCGAAUGGAAAACUGAGAAUGAGAAACCACCACCGCAUGUCGAGCGGCAACAAAACGUAAGAGAUACUAAAAUUAAGUGUUUCUUCUGUAUGAAAUGGACCCAAACCGCCGGGGAGCACCAAAUGAGUGUGCUUCCGUGCGGCAUCGUAUUUGGUUACUCAUGCAUGAAAGAAUCAUUGCUUACGAAGAAAGAGUCGUGCCCGAUGUGUGGGCUGAAUCACUCGUCGUGGGAGGCAACACAACUUGACAUAACACCGGAGCAAAUGCCUGAAUAAGUACUCUAAAUCAAGGUACAUAACAAGACAAAAGUUUGUCGCAAGGUAGAUAUUGUUAUUAUGAAAAUGCCUCAAUGCUAUAUCUUUUCCUCUUGGCACAGAAACGUAAAAGGCAACGUUUGAUUUCAAGGUAGAUGUAAUAACUUCCGAAAAUGCCUCAAUGCUAUUAGUU